AUGGCAGGCAAUCCGAGUGAAGAACUGGAACUGUUGGAGCGUGUUCUCCUGCGAUUGGGAUUCGCCGAUACGGAUGAGCAAUUGCAGAGUACUGUGACGAAAUUCCUUACACCGGUGUUGAUAAAGAUUACGUCUCCGAAUGAAAAUGUCCGAAAGAAGGUGAUGGAGAUUCUAACGCACAUCAACAAGCGGUUAAAAUCACGCAAUCAAAUUCAAAUUCCGCUAACUCCGUUACUGGCUCAAUACCAACAAGCCGAUUCAUUGUUUUUGAUUAAUUUCGCCAUCAUCUACAUAACGAUGGGAUUCCCAAGAAUGACGGUGGAAGAACAAACAGAAUUCGCGCCUGUGCUGCUCAACUGCUUAGAAGGCAAACCGGAAACACAUCAGGACAAAAUUCUGAUGCUGGUCCUUCCACUGUUGGGUGAGAUUAAGAUACCGGAGGAUCCGGAGAAACGUUCGGAACUGCUUGGUCUGUCAAAUAAGCCGCACACCAAACAGCAGCUUCUAUCCAUUCUAAUGGACGUGUUGUUGCUACCGUACGGAACGCUGCCCGACAGUGACGUUCCACCCGGCAUGAGCGUUUACUCAUUCAAACGUGUUACUUCGAAACCGCCCAAAGCGGAAGAGUUGGAACAAUUGAAAAAGGGUAUCGUGCGGUUCCUUUGUGGGGGCAUUUUUUCGGAUCAGGAAAUAUUGGCCCAUCUCGUCGUUGGAUCGGCCGAUACGCGCUUCUCCGUAGCGACGCCAGCUAUUGGGGAGUUGAAUAAGAUCUGCAGUUCGCUCGAUUGGACCGAUCCGAAGCUAUCCGGACCGCUGUACACACUGUUUUCUGGAAACGGUUCUAAGCUGCCGGACCGCAAGUCGAGCGGUGUGAGCGCGAGGGUGCGCCAAAAGUUGCUGCAACAUUUGCUAAAGUGCCGCGGAAAAGGGAUCAUCAUUGCGAACGGUAUACAAGUGAUCUUCGAGUCGCUGUUUGGGGACAAUACGAAUCAAAAGUGUAAAGUGUUGGCGCUCCAGUUUGCUUACAAUCUAAUCAACAAUGGUCAGACGGAUCUUAUAAACAAGCUUUCGAAAGUGUUACUGACGGGAAUCGCCAAAUUGAUCGGUACAUCGUCGGAGGAAACGAAUGAGGUGCAGAAUGCGGCAUACAGUGCGAUGGCACAGUUGGCUAUCGUGUGUCCUACCACCGUGAACGAGGAUAUUCAGCUCGUUGGCGAGUACUUUAACCACCUGCAGCAAGCUCCGGUGGAGUUGCACUCAUCCAUUCGUGAAGCAUUGGUUGCACUGGCGCAAGCAUUCGACUGGAGAAAGCAAAUCAAUUCCACUGCCACUGCGGGAGAGACAGUAAUGGAGACUGAGGACGGCGAAGAUAAGCCGGGCACAUCGAAAAGAAAGCUAGUGCCGUCGAGUGCACGCUUCGUACCCAACGCAAAUCAACAGCUGUUGCUAGCACUGCUCGGCGAGAAGGCAGAAUCUAAGCUGACGAUUGUACAAAAUGUAACAUCGGUGUACUUAACGACCUGCUUUCCCGAUUAUUACGUUCCUUCGCGCUACCUACUGCUGAUUAUAUGCGGCGAAAGUUCGCAACUGCGCGAAAUGAUGACGACCUAUCUGUACGGUGUGUCGAAGAAAGAUCACAUCAACUACGGUGCCAUUCUGUCGGUGAGUGAAUAUGGUCGUUUGAAGCAAACCGAACCAUCCGAUACGAAACACAUCGUGCUGCCAUCGUUCCGCGAGAUGGUGGAAUAUGUGGCAACGAAAUCGGAGCGAAAAGUAGCAACGGUAGUCGAUCGGAUGGGGUACGGCAAGGUGAAGUUGCCGUUCGCGUUCGAUACGUACAUAGAGAUAUUGGAAUAUUUGCGCAUGUGUUUGCUGUGCAAUGCGGGUGUCACUUCGCAUCCCAGCGAUGAUGAAACGUUCUUUAAGUUGACUGCUUUUCUGCGGAAGCUGAUUGCCGAGGGACACCGUGACACGAUCGUGAAGUAUAACGAUCUCGUGCGUCGGUUGGUGAUCGCUCGUAAAGGUAUCAGCGAGCUGACAUGCCUUUACGACCUGGUGAAUGGCAUCCCGGACGCGUUGGUGGAAGAAAACCGCGAUCUUUUACUGACGCUGGAAGGAUCGCUAAAGGAAACUUCCGAACCGACGCGUGUGCUUAUUGCCAUGGUGUACGGUGUGUUGGUUGCGUACGUUAGCAAUGACGCAGAAUUCGAUCGACAGGUACGGGAGCUACAAACGCUCGGUAGCAAAUCGCUGGAAACACGACACGGUUCGAUACUGGCCGCUGCCCAUGCCGUUCAUCGGAAGUUGUUGCUGAAGAAAAAGGACACCAGUGCGCCUGUUGAAGAGUGGGAUAUUUUGAAGGAAUUAAUUGGACUGCUCGUUUCUUUGCUACGUGAUCAACAAGCGUUGUUGCAAUCGGUCGCGAUUCGAAGUUUAUCGCUGAUUGGUUCUACUACCGUACUACCUCUCCCGGAUGUCGAAGCCAUGGAGACGGACGAUGGUGGGGAGAAUGUCGACAAAAAACCAAUAAGAACGAAAGCAUCGCUGAUGGAAACACUCUUAACGCUGCUGCAGAGUGGACAUACGAAGGCUAAAAUUCGCGAAGAUGCUGCUCACUGUCUCGGAUAUCUUGCGGUGGGUGAUCCAAAGUACUACGCCCGUAAGGUGUUGGAGCGCUUCUUGGGAAUGCUGAAGAUGACCAAAGAUCCAGCACUGCACAUUGCGAUGGGACAGGCGCUCGCCUUUACCCUGCAGGGUCUUCCGAAGGGCAACCAAAACAAGGACGUAGACGAAAAAGUUGGAAAUGUGGACGAUGAAAUGCUGACCUGGUUCCUGAUCGAGUUGGUUAAGCAGGUGAACGAGACGCACGCGUACUUAAAACAGGCCUGUGCCGUCUGGUUGUUGGCCAUCGUGAAAAACUGCAACCACCGAAAUCCGGUGCGCGAGAAGCGGCAAAUUUUGCAGCUCGCCCUCACGGAUCUUCUCUCGGAAGAUAAUGAGUUCGUGCAAGAUGUGGCAUCACGUGCAAUGGGCAUUAUAUUUACACUUGCCGGAAAUGCGGACCAAGAAGAGAUGUCGAAUCUGUUGCUCGAUCAGCUUAUAGGCGGCCGUCGGCAGGUGCAGAAGGUUGUCGAGGAUACAAAGCUCUUCGAGGAAGGUGUUCUCGGCAAAACUCCGAUGGGUGGCAAUCUUUCAACGUACAAGGAGCUUUGCGCAUUAGCAUCCGAUCUCAACAAACCGGAAAUGAUUUACCAGUUCAUGCAAAUAGCUAAUCACAACGCUACGUGGAACAGCAAGCUGGGGGCGGCGUUCGGCUUGCAGUCAAUUUCGAAGACAACCAAACUGAAGAUGGAACCAUAUCUGGGGAAGAUUGUUCCACGCCUGUUUCGGUACAAGUACGACCCGACACCGAAGAUCCAAAACUCGAUGAUAAGUAUUUGGGACUCGGUAGUGACCGAUACGAAAGCUACGGUCGAGCUGUUUUAUUGGGACAUUCUGGAGGAUGUGACGAAGAAUCUUACCUCGUACGAAUGGCGUACGCGCAUCGCGUGCUGUCUUGCCGUGCGGGAUUUAAUAAAACGGGCCGCCGGAUUAAAGCUCCGCUCCGAUGCGGUGGGUAGGAAGAAAAGUGAGGACAUGCCUUCCACCAGCAUGGAUCUAGAUGAUCGACCAAGCGUACCGGAACCCGAAUUGCGCUACUUGUGGAGUCAACUGUUCCGUGUAAUGGACGACCAGCAUGAAGGUACACGUUUGGCAGCGGAAGGGACGGCCAAUGCGCUGAGCAAGGUGUGUGUGGUGGCGGCAUCGUGUGAUCAUAACAAAUCGGCCAUGAAUGUGGCGAGUUCGAUCAUUCCACUGCUGUUGGAAACGGGCGUUACACAUACGGUCCCCGAGAUACGAAAGCUUAGCAUACGGACGCUGUCCGAACUGAUCGAUUCGGCCGGUGCGCUUAUAUUGCCCCAUUUGACGAGUCUGGUGCCAUGCUUACUGCAAGCCACGGGCGAACUGGAUUCAGUGAAGCUUGCCUAUCUGUCUACGAUGGUGUCGGGGCAGGCGGGAGGUGGUACACAGGAAACGAUCGAUUCGCUGCGUGCCGAAGCGGUAAAGCAGCAUUACACGAUGGAAACGCUAACGAAAUGCAUCCGGCACAUAGAUUAUGGCACGCUGGAACGCAUGAGUCCGGCUGUGCUGGAUCUGGUGAAGUCGAGCGUUAAUCUCGGCACCAAGGUGGCCUGUGCGCACUUCAUUUGUCUGGUUAGCAUACACCUCGGGCAGGAGAUGCAACCGCUGACGAGCAAAUAUUUGGGCGCAUGCUUCAGCGGAUUAACCGACCGUAAUGCGACCGUUCGGCGCUACUAUGCGUCUGCCAUUGGGCAUCUAAUCGGGACGGCUAAAGAGCAAUCGAUCGAGCGAUUGUUCGCUAAGCUGGAGGAGCUGUAUUUCGAACAGCAAACGGCCCGAUCGAAGGCGGUUCCGCUAACGAUACAGGCAAUCAAUAAACGGCAUCAGGAGGUGCUGAAGGAUUAUAGUGCGAAUGUGCUGCCGUUAGUGUUUUUUGCCAUGCACGAAGAGAUUACGGAUGAUUCGCGAUCAACGGUGGAAUUGUGGCAAGAGCUGUGGCAUGAUAUCAACACCGGUGAUGCUGGUUUGCGCAUGAAUUUGGACGCGAUCGUAACGAUACUUGAGACGAACCUCAACAAUCCUUCCUGGCUGCUGAAAGCGCAAGCCGGAGCAGCCACGAAUACGCUCGCAUCGAAGCUUAGCGCAACGUUGGAAGAUUCGGUACGGUGUCGUUUGAUCGAACUGAUACUGAACAAUGUGAGCGGACGGACGUUUCAGGGAAAAGAGCGACUGCUACAAGGAUUGGCCAGCUUGUGCAAAAAGCUUGACCAAAAAAUGACAAACCACGCGGAACGGAUAGUGGACGCGGUGAUGAAGGAAUGCCGAAAGGAAGAACCGAUCUACCGAACCCAUGCACUGCGGUCCCUUGGCAACAUUCUGGACGAACUGAAGGUGGAUCGCUUCGAGGAAGUGUACAACAUGGUAUGGCAUUUGCUCGAUAAACAACAGCAGCAGCAACAGGAUUCGGAUGGUCCGGGAGAGAGCACAUCGGGCGGAGAGUUUGUACCGCUAGAGGAACGUAACAAGCAGAUACUGAUUUCCGUUCAGCUGAAGGAGACGGUAUGCGAAACGCUCGGCAAAGCUUGGCCCGAGUAUUCGAUCGAAACGCAACGGCGCUAUCAGCGGAUGUUUGUGGAAAAGUGCGUUCAGUGUUUGAAGCUCAACACACGCCCAGUGCAGUUGUGUUUGCUUCAGGCACUAGGUCGGUUUCUGGAACGUUUGCAUCUGCUUCGCAGCAAGAUGGAAGAUGCCGUUGAAGGAGAACAGGACAGCGUGGUAGAAGGGGCUAGUUCCGCCUCGGGAGCGAACCGGGAGAAGAAGGCAAAGGUCGAAAUGGACGGAAUGGAUGGAAACGUCUUGGCGACUAUUUGUCGUAUCGUCCUUUCAGCGAUCGUUGAUGUGUCGGCUAUACCCCACACUGGUCUCAAAAAGGAGGCGUUGAAUGUGAUGCUUAUAUUGACGAAAAAGUUAAAAGCGAAGGAUUCCGGCACGGUCGAUAUGGAGCUAGGUUUGGUGCGGCAAACGUUCGCUCAAAUACUUCAGCAACUGCAGAAAGAUAGCGCACCGGAAAUUAAAUGCCGCCUGAAGGAUUUGGAAGAUAAACUAAAGUAA